AUGGUUCAACUUUUCGCAUCUAGUCUUGUGCUGGCUCUGGUCUCUACCUCCACAGCUUGGAAGCUUGGGGUUUCAGACUGUGGUUCUAACUCUCAUUACAUCAAUUACACCACCGUCACAGGAUUCUUUUUGCAAGAUGAUUCGGCAACUAUCCCAAGCUCCUUUGACUACUCUACAGUCAAUUUUGGGCUCAUCAACCAGACAUAUUCCACAGAUGAUGCGUUCGACAAGUGUGGGCGUAAGACUCAGUGGCAGAAGUUCGCCAACUAUGUCAAUACCUUGAAUAAAGAGUCCGGCGAUGACGUUACUUACAAGGUGCUCUGGAUGGGAAGGCACGGUGAAGGCUACCAUAAUGCAGCAGAAACGUUCUACGGCACGCCGGCAUGGAACUGUUAUUGGUCCGAGCUGGAAGGCAAUGGCACCGUGCGAUGGGAUGAUGCGUUGCUAACAGAGGCUGGCAUUGCUCAGGCCGAGAAAGCGAACAAGUUCUGGAAAUACGAGCUGGAGAACCAAAGGAUUCCUGCACCUCAGUCGUAUUACAGCAGCCCGUUGCGCCGAUGCCUUUACACCGCUAAUAUCACCUUCUCCGGUCUUGACCUUCCUGAGGAUAGGCCGUUUGUUCCUACAAUUAAGGAAUUCUUCCGCGAGGGAAUCAGCAUCCAUACCUGCGACAGGCGGUCGAACAAGACUACUAUUGCAGGUCUUGUCCCAACUUGGAAGUUUGAGCCAGGCUUCCCGGAGCAGGAUCCGUAUUGGACCGGUGUACUGGGCGAGGACUCUUCGUCCCAGGAUGCGCGUUCUAAGAUCGUUCUUGAUGAGGUCUUUAGCGAGGACGAUAACACAUGGCUGAGCAUAACGGCGCACUCAGGUGAAAUUGCCAGCAUUUUGCGUACUCUUGGUCACCGCACAUUUAGCUUGUCUACUGGACAGAUCAUCCCUGUGCUAGUGAAAGCCCAGAAGUUGUAUCAAGCGUAA